AUGGUUCUGGUGAAUCCGGAAAUGGAUAUGGUAAUGGGAUCUGGUAAUGGAUCUGGUAACGGUGAAUCUGGCUCUGAAUCUGGCUCUCGAAACGGCUCUGAAUCUGGCUCUGGAAAUGGUUCUGGAAAUGGGUCUGGUCAAUCUGGCGCUGGUCAAUCUGGUUCUGACAAUGGUUCUGGUGAAUCCGGAAAUGGUUCUGGAAAUGGUGAAUCUGGCUCUGGAAGUGGCUCUGAAUCUGGGUCUGGCAAUGGCUCUGAAUCUGGCUCUGGCAAUGGCUCUGAAUCUGGUUCUGGAAAUGGUUCUGGCUCUGGAAGUGGCUCUGAAUCCGGUUCUGAUAGUGGAUCUGGUGAAUCCGGAAAUGGAUCUGGUAAUGGAUCUGGUAAUGGUGAAUCUGGCUCUGGAAAUGGCUCUGAAUCUGGAUCUGGAAACGGCUCUGAAUCUGGCUCUGGAAAUGGUUCUGGAAAUGGGUCUGGUCAAUCUGGCGCUGGUCAAUCUGGUUCUGACAAUGGUUCUGGUGAAUCCGGAAAUGGAUCUGGUAAUGGAUCUGGAAACGGCUCUGAAUCUGGCUCUGGAAAUGGCUCUGAAUCUGGCUCUGGAAACGGCUCUGAAUCUGGCUCUGGAAAUGGUUCUGGAAAUGGGUCUGGUCAAUCUGGCGCUGAAUCUGGUUCUGGUCAAUCUGGCGCUGGUCAAUCUGGUUCUGACAAUGGUUCUGGUGAAUCCGGAAAUGUAUCCGGUUCUGGCAAUGGUUCUGAUAAUAGUUCUGGUUCUGUUGACGGUCAUUCCUCUGGUACUGCAUCUACUACAGUGCCAUCUUUUCCACAAUCUACUGUUUCCACAGUUACGGUUUCAGGGACAUCUUCCACGAAUACACCAGCUGUCUCUACUGUUGCAAACUCAGCAGAAAUGGUUACAAUUUCAUUUAUAAGUUGCGCUAUUUCUUUCUUGAUUUUAACUAUCUAA